UGCACGACCUGCGGCAGCAGAUGACAGCCCUGCAGAGCCAGCUGCAGCAAGUGCAGCUUGAACGCACGACGCUGACCAGCAAGCUGAAGGCGUCACAGGCGGAAAUCUCUUCUCUGCAGAAUGUUCGGCAGUGGUACCAGCAGCAGCUUGCCCUGGCACAGGAGGCCCGCGUACGGCUGCAGGGCGAGAUGGCCCACAUCCAGGUUGGGCAGAUGACCCAAGCAGGCAUUUUGGAGCACUUAAAACUAGAGAAUGUAUCCCUGUCCCACCAGCUGACAGAAACACAGCACAGGUCCAUCAAGGAGAAGGAGCGCAUCGCCGUCCAGCUCCAGAGCAUUGAGGCUGACAUGUUGGAUCAGGAAGCAGCCUUUGUGCAGAUUCAGGAGGCUAAGACAAUGGUGGAGGAGGACCUCCAGAGAAGGCUGGGAGAGUUUGAAGAUGAGAGGGAGCGGCUGCAGAAGAUGGCAGACAUGGCAGCAUCCCUGGAGCAACAACUAGAGCAGGUUAAGUUGACUUUGCACCAGCGAGACCAGCAGCUGGAAGCUUUGCAGCAGGAGCACCUGGACCUGAUGAAGCAGCUCACCUCAACACAGGAGACACUGCAGGCCCGGGAGCAGUCCCUCGACAACCUGCAGACACACUACGAUGAGCUGCAGGCUAGGCUUGGGGAGCUACAGGGGGAGGCCGCCUCCAGGGAGGACACAAUCCGCUUCCUGCAGAAUGAAAAGAUCGUCUUGGAGGUGGCUCUGCAAGCAGCCAGGAGUAGCAAGGAGGAAUUCGACAGAGGAGCAAAACGCUUAGAAGAAGGUUCUGAGGAAACAUCAGGAAUUCUAGAGAAGUUAAGAGAAGAAUUAGCUAUCAAGUCCAGCCAGGUAGAGCACCUGCAGCAAGAGACUGCCACUCUGAAAAAGCAGACACAAAAAAUAAAGGAACAGCUUCUUCAACAGAAGGUGAUGGUAGAAGCCUACAGGCGGGAUGCUACCUCCAAAGACCAGCUCAUCAGUGAGCUGAAAGCCACGAAGAAGAGACUGGACUCGGAGAUGAAGGAGCUGAGGCAAGAGGUGAUCAAGCUACAAGGGGAGAAGAGGGCCACAGAGGCAGAGCACUCACGCUUGCAGAGGGAGGCGUCCCAGGUGCAUCAGCAGAUGGCAGAUCUUGAAGCGCACCUCCAUUCAGUGCAGAAGGAGCGAGACGAGAUGGAGACACACUUGCAGUCUUUGCAGUUUGAUCAGAAGCAGAUGGUUGCCCUCACAGAGGCCAAUAAGGCACUGAAGAAACAGAUCGAAGAGUUGCAGCAGGAAGCCAGGAAGACCAUCACAGAACAGAAGCAGAAGAUGAAGCGGCUGGGCUCGGACCUGAACAGUGCCCAGAAGGAAAUGAAGACCAAGCACAAGGCCUAUGAGAACGCUGUGGGCAUCCUUAGCCGACGCCUGCAGGAGGCCCUUGCGGCCAAGGAGGCGGCAGAUGUGGAGCUGAGCCAGCUCAGAGCCCAGAGUGGCAGCAGUGGCAGCGACCCCGCGCUACAUGAGAGGAUCCAGGCCCUGGAGGGGGAGCUGCAGACUGUCGGCCACAGCAAGGUACUACUGGAGAAGGAACUGCAGGAGGUCAUCGCGUUGACCAGCCAGGAGCUAGAGGAGUCCCGGGAGAAGGUGCUGGAGCUGGAGGAUGAGCUUCAAGAAUCCAGAGGCUUCAGGAGAAAGAUAAAACGCCUUGAAGAUUCAAACAAGAAGUUGUCUCUCGAAUUAGAACAUGAGAAAGGGAAGCUUACGGGCCUUGGACAGUCCAAUGCAGCUCUGCGGGAGCAUAACAGCAUCUUAGAAACAGCUUUGGCCAAGAGAGAGGCAGACCUGGUCCAGCUGAAUCUUCAGGUGCAGGCGGUUUUGCAGCGCAAAGAAGAGGAGGAUCGCCAGAUGAAGCAACUUGUCCAGGCCCUGCAAGCCUCAUUGGAAACAGAAAAGGAGAAAGUGAACAGCCUGAAGGAGCAGGUGGCUGCUGCCAGGGUGGAAGCCGGGCAUAACCGUCGUCAUUUCAAGGCAGCCUCACUGGAGCUGAGUGAGGUGAAGAAGGAGCUACAGGCCAAAGAGCACUUGGUGCAGAAGCUGCAGGCCGAGGCCGAUGGCCUCCAGAUGCUUGAGGGGACACAUUCCCAGGAAGUAGCACAGUUCCAGGCAGAGCUGGCCGAAGCCCAGACACAGCUGCAGCUCCUGCAGAAGCAGCUGGACGAACAGCUGAGCAAACAGCCUGUGGAAAGCCAAGAGAUGGAAAAUCUCAAGUGGGAGGUGGAUCAGAAAGAGAGAGAAAUCCAGUCCCUGAAGCAGCAGCUGGACUUGUCGGAACAGCAGGGUAAAAAGGAACUGGAAGGAAUACAGCAGCUUUUGCAGAAUAUCAAGUCUGAGUUGGAGAUGGCACAGGAAGAUCUGUCCAUGACCCAGAGGGAUAAAUUUGUGCUUCAAGCAAAAGUGUCGGACCUGAAGAACAACAUGAAGACUCUGCUUCAGCAAAACCAGCAACUGAAGCUGGACCUUCGCCGCGGUGCAGCCAAGACGAGAAAGGAACCAAAAGGCGAGGCCAGCUCCUCCAGCCCCGCCACACCCAUCAAGAUCCCAGACUGUCCAGUCCCAGCUUCACUGCUGGAAGAGCUGCUGAGGCCCCCACCCGCUGUGAGCAAGGAACCCCUGAGGAACCUGAACAGCUGUCUCCAGCAGCUCAAGCAGGAGAUGGACAGCCUGCAGCGCCAAAUGGAAGAGCACACCAUCACGGUGCACGAGUCGUUAUCCUCAUGGACUCAGGUGGAAGGCCAUCUCUCAGACCCAGCCCCUGGCAUUCCUGUACCCCCAGGGAACCAUGCCAACCCCCAGGGUGAUACACAGAAACACGGUCAGAGCACGGCUUCCGAAGAAGGGCUGGGACAGUGACUGUUGCAGCCCUUACCUCCACGUGUGUCUAACUGUAAAGGAAGAUUAUUUUGUCAAUAUUAUUUAUUUGAUUGUGUGCUCUAA